GGAAACUCUGCGUUGUGGUAUAUUGUUCGGGCUGGCCAUUCAGGGUGUCUGAGAGCUCUGCUUUCUGGUGCCCGGGUUGAUGUCAACAAGGGAAAUAAGUUGAAGAAAACUCCACUUAUGUGCGGUGCACGACACGGUCAUCUCGCUUGUGUCCGGGUUCUCGUGUCAGCCGGGGCACGCGUUGACGUCACAGAUGCGAAUGGUUCAACGGCUCUUAUGUACGCUGUACUUCGUGGACAUAAUCAAUGUGUGGAUGUCUUAAUUUCAUCAGGCGCAGUGGUCAACAUACAGAACGCUAAUCAAGACUCGGCACUGAGCUUGGCUGUGUUGAAUGGUAGCACAGAAUGUGUUAAACUUCUUAUUGAUGCUAAAGCUGAUGUUAACAUACAGAAUGCUAAUCAAGACUCGGCACUGAGCUUGGCUGUGUUGAAUGGUAGCGCAGAAUGUGUUCAGCUUCUUCUUGCUGCCAUGGCGGGUGUUAAGCAGAUCCACGCCAAUGGUAACUCCGUGCUUCAUCUGUCCUGCAUGACCUCGGGUAUGAAACUAAAAUUGUUGAACACGUAUGGCUUUCACGUGACUUCACCAUCGCUCACAGUACAUGAUGGUCCUGGCGAAGCAGACAUAACCCAAGCACUUAUAACAGCUGGUGCUGAUGUACAUGCAAGAAACAAAGACCACAUUACACCAAUUAUGAUGGCCGUUGGCUAUGGGAAAGUCGAAACUACGAAACUAUUGAUUAAAAAAUGUGAAUGGUUUUCAUGGUCAGAUUCUGAAGGCAACACAGUUUUACAUCAUGCAGUAAUUCAUGGGUCAACAGAGUGUCUGAAACUGAUUAUAAAUAGAUGCCAGUCAGUGAUAGGAACUGUCAAUAAAAAAAAUGAAACUCCUCUCACGUUAGCACAUUUACACAACAGAGAGGAAUGCGCACGUCUCCUCAUUGAAGCGAGACCACAUUGGAAUAUACGAACUAUAGGAAGUGAGCAUAAUCUCAAGAGGUCUACAUUCUCAGUUUGCAGUGAGUGUGUCGGAGACUUUGAACGUCUCUGUGAUCAUUACGUUCCGUUGCUGGUAACAGCCACACAAAAGAACCAUCUUUAUUGUAUGUAUGUUCUUUUGCUGGCCGGUAGUGAUAUAGACCAGGUUGACCAAGAUGGCAUGACGUCACUCAUGGUCGCCGCCAACAAUGACCAGUUUAAGGCAUUGAAAUGUUUACUUGAGUCGGGGGCAAAUGUUAAUAAACAAUGUCGAAAUGGACGGACGGCACUUUUUAUGGCGGCAAGUCAAGGUCAUGUUAGAGUUACAAAAUAUUUAAUUGAAAACAAUGCAGAUAUUGAGAUAAAAAACAAUGAUGGUUAUUCCCCUUUAUUCACUGCUUUACUCCAAAACAAACCAGAAUGUAUGAAACUUCUAAUAAACAAUGGGGCAAAAUGGGACAUUGAACAAAAUAACAAAUACUCUGAUAUAGCAGACGAUUCUUUUAAGGGUUGCUGCGAUUGUAUUGAUGCUGAUGGUGCGAGGCGAAAACGAGCUAGAAAAAACUUUGAGUUAAACAAUCAUCUCAUGUGUGCUAUUAGAAUUGGUCAUUCUCACUGUGUCUACGCUUUACUUCUGCGUGGCUAUGACAUAAACUUACCUGAACCUAAUGGUAUAACCCCAUUAAUGAUGAGUAUGAUGAAGAACAGGACGUUGUUGGCGGGUAAACUAUUAGAGAACGGUGCCAAUUUAAACGCAGAGUGCAACGAAGGAAAAACUGCUCUAAUGUACGCGGCAACUCACGGGCACAGCAAGUGUUUGGCAAUCAUGCCUAGAGAAACUCUCCAAACAGAAAUCAUUGAUAGAGAAGGGAACACGCUUCUCAACUUGGCAGCAAGGAAUGGCCGUGUGGCAUGCGUGAAACUACUUCUUCGUCUUGGAGCUGACGUCAAUGCCGCCGACAACGAAGGCGCGACGCCUCUCAUAAAUGGUGUGCAUAAAAAGGGCUGCAUUCUACACCUGUUAGCAGCUGGCGCCGAUGUAAGCCGAACCACACUCAAUGGUCAAACUGCUCUCGUGAAGGCUGCAAGCUCUCCUCGUGGUAGAUUAUGUGUAGAUAUUUUGUUAGAAAAAAAUCCAGACGUACAUGUUAGAGAUGUUGAUGGGAAAACUGCUCUAAGCUAUCCAUUAGGUUUUAAGACAGUCGAACACCUUUUACGUUGCGGAGCAGAUGCCAAUUCACCUGACAAACUGGGCAUAACCCCAGUAAUUUAUACAGCUUCAAAUAGUUUUUUAAAUUUGAAAACCAUGAUAGAACAAGGUGGAGAUCCCGACAAAUCGGUUAUUCCUAGUAGUCACUUUCUAUCCAUUUUUGGUGGAUGGGAUCCCAAACCCAUUCAGGUUAUUGUUUCAAGUGGGGCUUUUCCCCAAGUUUCUGAUAAUCGAAACGAUACAGAAACUCCUCUGAUGAUGGCUAUAAAAUGGAAUAAGAUUGACGUCGCAAAAUAUUUUCUUAUCAACCAUUACCUCACGACUAGUGACACUAAACAAUGGUUCGACCCAGCUGUCAGGCGUGACAUCUCUGACGAGGCCAAGAGUUUACUGAAUGAGUUAUACUCUCAGCCGUGGCCGUUGUCCAAACUGGCACUCAUUUCCAUCUCGACGGGAGUUGGACCAAGCCCAGGAAGAAGAGAAAGAAUUCGCAAGCUUCCGCUCCCACCACGGAUACAGCGGAUGUUGACGUUUGAAGAACUUACUUCCAAAAUAUGUGUUCACCAAUGCAAAAAUAUGGAACUCAAUUUUAAUCGAGUAAAAUGUGAGAACCGCUGCGUCCCAAGACCAAAUUUGUAUUAUUGGCCAUUU